AUGGUGGCCAUAGAAAUAAAAGAAUGGGCUGGCCAUACAGCACAUGUUGAUGGAGCCAGGUCUCUAGACAAACUUUACAACUUUGCUGAUUGCUCUGGACUCCAUCUGAUAUUUGCUCUAAAUGCACUGCGUCGUAAUCCCAAUAACUCCUGGAACAGUUCGAGUGCCCUGAGUCUGUUGAAGUACAGUGCCAGCAAAAAGUACAACAUUUCUUGGGAACUGGGUAAUGAGCCGAAUAACUAUCGGACCAUGCAUGGCCGGGCAGUAAACGGCAGCCAGUUGGGAAAGGAUUACAUCCAGCUGAAGAGUCUAUUGCAGCCCAUCCGGAUUUACUCCAGAGCCAGCUUGUAUGGGCCUAAUAUUGGGCGGCCCAGGAAAAACGUCAUCGCUCUCCUUGAUGGAUUCAUGAAAGUGGCAGGAAGCACAGUGGAUGCAGUUACCUGGCAACAUUGCUACAUUAAUGGCCGGGUGGUCAAGGUGAUGGACUUCCUGAAAACUCGCCUGUUAGACACACUCUCUGACCAGAUUAGGAAAAUUCAAAAAGUGGUUAAUACAUAUACCCCAGGAAAGAAGAUUUGGCUUGAAGGUGUGGUAACCACCUCAGCUGGAGGCACAAACAAUCUAUCAGAUUCCUAUGCUGCAGGAUUCCUAUGGCUGAACACCUUAGGAAUGCUGGCCAAUCAGGGUAUUGAUGUCGUGAUACGGCACUCAUUUUUUGACCAUGGGUACAAUCACCUCGUGGACCAGAAUUUCAACCCAUUACCAGACUACUGGCUCUCUCUCCUUUACAAGCGCCUGAUCGGCCCCAAAGUCUUGGCUGUGCACGUGGCUGGACUGCAACGGAAACCACGGCCAGGCCGAGUGAUCCGGGACAAACUAAGGAUUUACGCUCACUGCACAAACCGCCACAACCACAACUAUGUUCGAGGAUCCAUUACACUUUUUAUCAUCAACCUGCACAGAUCAAGAAAGAAAAUCAAACUGGCAGGGACGCUCAGGGACAAGCUUGUACACCAGUAUCUGCUACAGCCUCAUGGACAGGAGGGCCUUCAGUCCAAGUCAGUGCAGCUGAACGGCCAGCCCUUAGUGAUGGUGGAUGAUGGGACCCUCCCAGAACUGAAGCCCCGCCCCCUGCGGGCCGGCCGGACACUGGUCAUCCCUCCAGUCACCAUGGGCUUUUAUGUGGUCAAGAAUGUCAAUGCUUUGGCCUGCCGCUACCGAUAAGCCUCUCUCACAUUUACAAGUGACCAGCAGGCCUGCUGGGCUGCUUUCCACUCUUCCACACAAAUAGUAUCCUUAUUUUUCAAACAUUUUCUUAGCAACAGACCAGUCUCUGCUGCUCCAUCCUGCUGAAAUCAACACAGACAUGCUCUCCAGAGAAAUGUCAUAGUGUGAGUUUUGCCUAGGUAGGUCACAUCCACUCCGCGGGAAAAUGUAUAUGUCACCUGCACCUGUAUAAGGAUGAAGGUAUGUGUGUAGAGCUAUAUGUACCCAUGUAUGCACACCAUGAGAGUGAGCUGACAGCUGACCCCUGGGACAAGGGAAACAGCUCCUCAUGGGCCUGGUCGCACAGCAGGAAAGCUGUAGACCUCAGCCUGUGGCUGCUGCCCUCAGCAGACGAUGAGGAAGGAAAAAGCCGGGUGGGCCUGGGAGAGCCUAGUCCUUUUCCAACUCCUUUCCUUUGUCUGUCCCCCGCUGUUGUCCCAGCUUUCUCUCAGCUCUCCUCCCACAGGGGAGCAAGUGGGCGAGUCAGUGCAGCCUGUUGGGUGAGCUGCUCCUGUCGUCUCCUGGCUAAUGUAUGAGGGUGUGCAUCUGGGCUGCGGACAGCGUCAUUAGUCACUGGCUAUUCCUCCAGGAAGAAGGUGCUUCAAAAGUAAAAUUGCAAUCACACUCCGGAUUUUGUACGAAGGUUCUAUUCCUCUGUGAAUCCAGGUUCCCCCAGGGCUGGAAUGGGAGUCAGGUACCAGUAUUCACUGAAUGGAGAGCAGUGUAUCAGGCACCACAAAAAGCAGCCGUCAUCCAUCAUGUGGCUGCAAAGGAGAGCAUUUCAGUACAAAGAGAAGCACGCCAGCCACCAAGCACCGGCACCCAGCAACUGAACAAAGCAAACAAGUAGACCUGCCUCAGACUUGAGAGGAUAUGAAGGGCUCAUCAGGGGAAGCCCUUAAUGGUUUGGUUCAUCAAAACCAUAAAAUAAAAGGUGUAAAUUCAAGGUCAUCACUGUAAGAUACAACUGAAUCUAGCAUCUUUGCCUCUUCCCGAGUACCUAUGUGCCUCUCAGCAGCAUUUAUUAGGCAGAAAUCUAACCUGGACCAGGUCCAUGUAUCCCAGACCAGCCUUUGUGAGCAUAGAACAAAGCUUUCAGUUCGCCGUUUGAGGGGGCAGGGACCCUGGAGGCUGAGGUCUGGUGGGGAGCUGUGGAACGGUAGACGGGAGGUUCCUGAAUCGGGCAGAGGGACACAGAGUGACUCAAAGCUCAUGACCAGGGUCUUCUGUGUGGUUCAAGGAGCAUGUGGUCUUUGCAAACAAGCUAUUACUGAAAUGACUCUUUUCUGAGGAUGUGAUUUUCUCUCUCAGGAUAAAUGACUUGAAUAAAUACCUUUUUUAAAAAGAAAAGGUAUUUUGACCAUGUCAUAGGGUUCCGAUUAGGACAGUGGGACAGUUUCUGCCAUUGUGCAAGGAUAGGAAUGCAGAGGAGGGGCAGUGUCGCUGAGGACAGAGGCCAGGCUGGCCGCCCAAGAUGCCAACCCAAGGAGUUAAGGAUUAGGGUCAUGUCUGCAAAGUGAACGGUAAGGUGAGAGACAGGAGGAAGAUUAGAUAAAAGAGGAGGUAGAGAAUUCUCAGCUUAGAGAACCAGGAAUUUGGGUGAGGGAGGCUGACAGGCUCAUUUAUGUGUAAGGAAUAGAGUGGACUUGGUUUUGACAUGCUUACUAUUGGUGCCGGAGGAACAGUAUGGAGGAGGCAGGACCAAGAAAGAGGGAGACCAAGGACCAGGCUGGACCUUGGCAGCCUGUGUGCUCAGCCUGGAGGCAGUGGAGAGAGAGGAGCAGGCCCUGACCCUGCCUUGUAAGGUGCCCCAGAGGGGCCUCCCCUUCUCUGGAAGCAGGCACCUCCCGCUGAAGCUCCAGCCUGAAAGGGAGGAGAGAGAAGUGCCGAGACUGGGAUAGAAAGGAGGGACAGAGGACAGGCCAAAAGUAAGGAAGAGAGAAGAAGAGAAAAGAGUUGUUUCUCCAAACUUUUAAAAAGGUGUGCAGAUACCAGGGUCUCUUCUGUUCACUGGUGCAGGCAGAGCAGGAGAGCCCUGGUAACAAGGGCAUACAGAGUCCUGGUCGGCCUGGCCCUGGCUAGCUUGCUUCACAUACAUGGCAGCCUCCUGAAGAAGUUACUGUUAUUAUCCCCAUUUCUCCUAUAAGGUGUGGGGAGGGCCCCCUAGCUUGCCCAGCCUCACCCAGGGAAAUGGGUUGCUAAACUCAGAACAAGCCAAAGUCUGUUCAUUUAACCAAGUUCAAGGGCUGCCCAAUUCACAGAUUCACCACCUCCCUCAUCACCUCUUCAUAGGUUCUACUAAUUCGUAACCUCCUGAGUGCCAUUUGAACACACUUACUGUAAGUAAGUAUUGAUUCUUCACUAAACCCCUAACCUUGCAGAACAUAAGCAGUUCCUGCUUCUUUUGUCUUUCUCUGUGUAUUAAAUGCUGCUCCUAAGAGAAUUAAGUCUUGGGUAUUUUUAGUUAAUAAAAGGGGAGGAGAGAAUCACUGAAAUUUAUCUUUGGAGUCCUGCAAUUGUAACUUUGCAACUGUCUCACGGAAGAAGUAUUUGCAUUGUUCAAGGGACGCUGAGGAACUCACUAUAACAUCACAUUCUGUAGGGGGUUUAGGGCAUGGCAUCUGUCCUGGCUUUUUCAUUUUAGAGUGGGAAGUAAUUGCUACAUCAGGAGGGAUCGCUCUUAUCAUGAUUCCCCCCUCCCACUCCCUGCAAAAGACAACCUGCCACAAAGCUCAGCAUCACCUGCACAUCAAGGGAGCAGCUUGCCUGGCUGGGCCCUGAGACAAAAGAGCUCAUCUAUCAGCCUCCCCAGAUCAGAUUUUUCCUCCUAAAACAAGACAUGGCCAAGAUAAUCUAACACUUUAGAACCACUUUAUUUUAAGCCAAAGAAUGGGCUUGCGGAAAUGCUUAUUUGAAAGCAUAAUAAUGUAUAAUGAGAAGUCUGUGCCUUUUGUUCAGAUGAUUUUCUGCUCCUCCUGCCUUUAGGAAUGAUUUUUCUUUCUCCUUUCUUAUUGCAAAGGCUCAGACAGAACAAAUUCCCAUUGUAAUUUGAAGAGAAAGUCUCAGUUCUUCUAUUGCCCUGAAAAGAGCUACAACCAUGGGAUAUUAGCAUUCUUACUGACUGGAGAAAAGCUUGAAAUAUCCCAGAACUGGGCUACAGUGAGACCAAGGCCUGGACUCCCAGAAUUGUAAUUCCCAAAGGCUCACUCACCCUCUGGUGCCCCGGCCCCUCACAAGCAGUUGGAUAAUUCCAGGCCCAAGCCCUACACCCUCCAACAGGGCAGACGCUGUUGGUGGAUUCUGCCUGAGAGGCCUCCACUCAUUCUUAGGGAGCCUCUAUGGCCUCCUGAGGUGGACAGGCCCAAGUGGGACUGUGAAGUGCUAAGCUGCCCCCUUGGUCCAGGCCAGGCCCUGCAUCUGCAGGUGUGCCCCACUGCAUGCACCUGAGGCCUCUGUGUUGGAGGUGGAUGCAGCUGUUGGAUUCACCUUGGAAAUGCAUAGACAGAAGCUUUAUUUCUGUAAAGAAAAGGGCAAUGUUUAAUCUUUGCGGAAGCAAAUGUGAACCAGUUGGAUCCCUCUGACAGUAAAAAUAUUGGAACAGAGAAGGACUAAAAAUUUGAGAUAUCGAUAGAGCAACCAAAAAGAAUAGAGGUGUAGCUUGGGGAAGGCAAGGGACGAAGGGCACAGACAUCCGUGUAGCAUGGCCUCCUCCAGCACCCCUCCCCACCCGCAGCACCUCAGCCCAGUCUGGAGACUGCCUGUUGCUGCUCCCACUGACUUCUCUCCUGCUCCAGGGCCUCUUUUCUGCCAGCCCCUCUCUCCCUAACCUGGAGCUAAGGGAAAUCUGCUGUACUGAGAGAGAAUUACAUUUUGAUCAUAGAAUCAUUUGCAGUCUUUUCUUAGGAUGUACCAGAACUAUAAAUAAGAUAGUAAGGGGCACUCAAAGAUACACAGUUAUCACAAGGCCCACACAACUAGAGCAUUACAAUCACUGCCUCUGAGCUCCAGUAACAGAGACGGAGAGGCUCUGUAGCUGCCUCCCUAUGCAGUGGAAGUCCUGAGGGGCGACUGUUUGGGGAGGACCAGAGAAGUAAUUUGUCCAAAGCCAUCCAGAUAAGCAGAGUGGCAGGACUAGGACUUGAAUCCCAAUCUGUUGGGUUUCAAAGCCUGCUGUCUGCACUGUGCUCUCAAGGCUGCUUGUGGCUCACUUGUUUUUUCUUACUUUUGUGUUGCCCACAGCCCGCUCCCUUAACGUCCUGUGUGUCUGUAGGGAACCUAGAAGCGCCUUCACCCAGGACAGUUGAUCCUGGAUUUGGGGAGGUGGAUAGCAGCUCUGAUGAGUGGUGAGCAGGGCUGGGACCAGUCUUGGCUGUAGAAAUUUGAGUCCAGGCUUACCUUGACUCACUAGUGGCCCUCCUGGGCUGCUCCUCUCCUUCUCUGUCUUUCUAUAGAACAAUGUAAAGGGCCACUCCCACCACCAGCAACCAGCAUGGUGAUGAUUCUUGGCAUUUCUAAGUCCUAGGGGUAAGUGGCAGGCCAGUCUGCACCCACACAUGCAACAGCCCUUCCCCUCCCCACCCCUCAGGUCUGGAGGUCUCUCUUCACCUUCCCAGGCUAAAUCAUUAAUCCAUUAACUAUUGCCUGGAGCAGUAUUCCCAAAUAUCACUCUGAUACAAGAAAGGCAAAAGACCACGAACCAACUGCUCGGGACACCUACUUCCUUCCAAGCCCCAGGAUAGCCCCCAGGAGCCGUGCGGGCAUCUGGGAGGAGCUGACCAGGUUCCACGUGACGGGCUCAUUCGUACAUCCCACUGACCUAGGCAUCCAGCAGACAGAAGGGAGGUCUUUUUUAUAGCCCACAUCAUGAACAUUACACUUCUAAUAAUUAUUAUUCAUAAAACUAUUCUAGGAUUCUUUUUCAGGUUGUAAAUGUUAUGUUAGUAAAUUAUAUUUUUGGAAGAAGCAAAAAGAAGCCUUAAUUUUAUUCAUCUGGAAGUUGGCGAAAUGAGUGCAGGAAUGCCUCCCAGGGAAAAUUUCUUCCCUGCAGGGGAUUUUAACAGGUGUUAAUAUUUUCUUCCAGAAAACAGAUUAGGUUUAUAUGAGCCUGGUGACUGCAGAGAGUUUGGGUCCAUGAGGUAGUUUAUAUUUUGAGGUAAUGUUUUGUAAGUAAUA